AAUAAAUGUCCCUUAUCAUAUUAAUCCUCUAUCCAACAUAAACUCAUUUCUUCUUCAAAAAUUUCUUUAACUUAGAAAAAGAGAGAGAAAAAGAAAAGAAAUCUCUCAGAAACAAUGGCAGCUUGCACUGUCUACUCAACACAAUCCUUAAGAACAAACAUCUCAAUUCCAACAUCAUCAAAAACAAAUGUUGCCUUCCAUCAAAAACAAGUACUUUUCUUCACAACAAACAAGAAAAGCAACAACAGAAGAGCAAACAGCAACAAAAGAUACUUGAUAACAUGUGCAGCAGGAGACUCACAGACAAUUGUGAUAGGUCUAGCAGCUGAUUCAGGUUGUGGAAAAAGUACUUUCAUGAGAAGACUCACAAGUGUGUUUGGAGGAGCAGCUGAGCCACCUAAAGGUGGUAAUCCUGAUUCAAACACUCUUAUAAGUGACACAACAACUGUGAUAUGUUUGGAUGAUUAUCAUUCUUUGGAUAGAACUGGUAGAAAAGAGAAAGGUGUUACUGCACUUGAUCCAAGAGCUAAUGAUUUUGAUCUCAUGUAUGAACAAGUUAAAGCUAUUAAAGAUGGAAAAUCUGUUCAAAAACCUAUUUAUAAUCAUGUUACUGGUCUUUUGGAUGCUCCUGAGCUUAUUAAACCACCAAAAAUCCUUGUCAUCGAAGGUCUUCAUCCAAUGUAUGAUUCUAGAGUUAGAGAACUCUUGGACUUCAGUAUUUACUUAGACAUUAGUAAUGAGGUGAAGUUUGCUUGGAAAAUUCAGAGAGACAUGGCAGAACGUGGACACAGUCUUGAAAGUAUCAAGGCUAGCAUUGAAGCAAGAAAGCCUGAUUUUGAAGCUUUUAUUGAUCCACAAAAGCAGUAUGCAGAUGCAGUGAUAGAAGUGUUACCAACUCAACUCAUCCCCGAUGAUAACGAGGGAAAGAUUUUACGAGUAAGGUUGAUACAGAAAGAGGGUGUCAAAUACUUUAGCCCGGUUUACUUGUUCGACGAAGGCUCAACAAUUUCAUGGAUACCAUGUGGAAGGAAACUCACAUGUUCUUACCCCGGAAUCAAAUUCUUCUAUGGACCAGAAACCUACAAAGGAAACGAGGUCUCAGUUGUGGAGAUGGAUGGACAAUUCGACAGACUAGAUGAACUUAUAUAUGUUGAGAGCCAUUUAAGCAACUUAUCAUCCAAAUUCUAUGGAGAAGUUACUCAACAAAUGUUGAAGCAUGCUGAUUUCCCUGGUAGCAACAAUGGAACAGGUCUCUUCCAAACCAUAGUUGGUUUGAAGAUAAGAGAUUUGUUUGAGCAGAUAGUAGCAAGCAGGGCUGAGACUCCAGUAGGAGCUGCUAAAGCUUAGGAAGAAUUUGCCUUACAAAUACAUAAUAUUAUUGGAAAAGGGAGUAAUUGAAUUUUAUUCUAAAAAAAUAAUUUCUCACUUUUGUGUUUUCCACAGUUCCUGUAUUGUAUGUUGUUUUGUGUAUGAAAAGACUCUUGCUUGUAUUUAUUUAUGUAAUGUAAUAUGUUGUUACUUAUAAUAUAGAGGAGGAGAAAACAGGACUGAGAUUUCAGUUAUGUUCAUGUCCAA